AUGAAUAAGAAGGAGAGAUUGGGUUCAAAGUUAAAUCAAGAUGUUAUGAUAAAUGUAAUUGUUAAUUUCAUUGUAGUAUUACAAUAUAACAAUUUCCUCACAAAUGCUGGUUGCAUAUCCCAAGGUUUCAGUGAUUUUGGAUUAUUCGGUCUUUAUUUAAAGGGAAUGAAUACACACAAAUAAGAGAUUUACAAUUUAGCUAUUGAAGAAAUCUAAAAAUUAAGGGUCAUAAGUGAUAAUGAAAUACUUAGAGCAAAAAAUAUAGUUAUAACUAAAUUUUAUUCAAAUUUAUAAAGAUAACAUGAUCAACUUAUAUACUAAUUAGAAAAUGUAAAAACAUUGUUUAUGUAGAUCAUUUUAAAAGGAAAAUUGAUUGUUAUGGAGGACUUCAAAGAGUAAAUAAAUGGAAUUACAAGAAAGGAUAUUGAGAAUAGAAUUGAGUAAUUAAUAGGUUCGAAGGAAUUAACAAUUAUUUAUAUAGGCAAAGGGUGUAAUUUAAUGGCUGAUGAGAAGUUGACCAGAAUGAGAAUGCAAUGCUGA